AUGUCUCUCUCGGUUCGCUUCGCCGCGCAAUGCGCCGCCCGCCAGCUCCGCGCAUCCACCCGGGCCUCGAGCUCCCUCCUCGUCCAGAAGCGCUUCGAGUCUACCGCCGCUGCCCCUGCCGUCAACCCCAAGAUCUCCGCCAUUGUUGACCAGAUCAGCACCCUCACUCUUCUCGAGACCUCGGAGCUUGUCGCCAGCCUCAAGUCCCGCCUCAACAUCCCCGACCUCCCCGUUGGUGGUUUCGCCGCCGCCGCGUCCGGCCCCGCCCCCGCCGCUGCUCCCGCCGAGGAGGAGGAGGCCGCCCCUGCCGCCGCUGAGAAGACCCUCUUCACGCUCAAGCUCGAGAAGUUCGACGCCGCCGCCAAGCCCAAGGUCAUCAAGGAGGUCAAGAACCUGCUCGGCCUCUCCCUAGUAGAGUCCAAGAAGUUUGUCGAGAGCGCGCCCAAGGUCAUGAAGGAGUCGGUACCAAAGGAGGACGCCGAGAAGAUUGUUGCCGCCAUGAAGGAGCUUGGCGCCGUUGUCACCAUGGAUUAA